GUAUCCCAUCGGCAAAUGGAUGCGGAGGAGAAAUGAAUGGAGCCGAUUAUUCGGUGCUUCAGUGCUUUCUCUCGGGAUUCAUACAUUAAUUUUUCCGACGUGGAGAGAGAAAAGGGAACAGAGAGGAUCGGAAUCCCAUGCCUGCAGCACCCACCACAGGAGGCCGAUAUAUAAAUCCAAACUACUCCACAAACGACAAACAAUCACGAGGUCAGCACUACAUGCAAACAACACACACACACACUCUAAAACCACUGUGGGUGUGGGGUUUGGAAUCUUUUCAACACUAUCAGCUAGCAGUUGAGAACUUGAGAUCCAUCAGAUCCGAAUAACUCAAAAAAUGGGGGGUACGGGAGUAGCAGAUUCUUCUUCUUCUUCUUCUUGCUCGAGUCUGUGGCUGGCUCCCAAUCCGAGCAAGAGAUGGGGCGAGCUGUUCUUCCUUCUCUACAGUCCCGUCUGGCUCACUCUCUGCCUCGGUAUCGUGGUCCCUUUCAAGCUCUACGAGAGCUUUACAGAAUUGGAGUACUUGCUUUUGGCGCUUGUUUCAGCAGUACCGUCUUUUGUGAUACCGAUGCUAGUUGUUGGAAAGUUUGAUGGCAGUUUAUGUUGGAAGGACCGUUAUUGGGUGAAGGCCAGUCUCUGGAUAAUAAUUUUCAGCUAUGUUGGAAAUUACUUUUGGACGCAUUACUUCUUCACAGUUUUAGGAGCUUCAUAUACUUUUCCAUCAUGGAGGAUGAAUAAUGUACCACACACAACUUUUCUUAUGACGCAUGUAUGCUUUCUAUUUUACCAUGUUUCAUCAAAUAUAACACUUCGCAGACUCCAGCAUUUUGCUGCUGACUUUCCAGAGAGAGUUCAGUGGAUUAUCACGGCAGCAUGGAUUCUAGCUCUUUCUUAUUUCAUAGCUUACUUGGAGACUUUAGCUAUUUCCAACUUCCCAUAUUACGAAUUUGUGGACCGAGCAUCCAUGUAUACAGUCGGGUCCUUGUUUUAUGCAAUUUACUUCUUUGUAAGCUUCCCGAUGUUUUUAAGGAUCGACGAGAAACCUGGUGAUCCAUGGGACCUACCCAGAGUGGCCGUUGAUGCUUUGGGUGCUGCAAUGCUUGUAACUAUAAUACUCGACUUGUGGCGCAUCUUUCUGGGUCCCAUUGUUCCUAUUCCAGAUACGUGUCUUCAACCAGGAUUGCCAUGGUUUCCUGGACAUGUCGAAGCUUGAGCAAGGACAUACGUGGAGUUUCUUAGAUUCAGGCAUGAUUUUAACUGAAUUUUUAAUCUCCUGCUGUUCUUCAUGUAACGUGUACUUGUAUGUGCACUUCAUUAGAUUGUUGUCGCACCCUACCAAUUUCAGCAGCUUCCGAACAUGGGCGAUCCAAAUGUUUGCCAUUGUUCUUUUCUGAUCUGGAUGCCAUUGUGAUUGCGCAAAUGCUUUCACUUGUAUAAUCAUCUUUGAAAUUUGAGUUGGUUCAUCCAGGGUCUCUUUUGA